GGAGCGAGCCUCACUGUGUCCGCGGAAAAGGGGUUGGAAGCACCUCAGCGUCCAAAUUCUGAAGAAAAGCUCGCAACUUGUCUGAGGAAAAGCGAGGAAAUUUCGCGGCGAAAAGCGUCCACCGCUGACUGACGCUAAGGCGUCUACUGCUUUCCGAACCGGGCUCACAGGAAUUUUCUGGACUUCAAAAUGCAAAACACGGCCAGCCUGAUCGCUAGUUUAGGCCUACUAGUCGUAUUCAUAGCCUCCGCAAUCGGAGAAGAAGCUUCUCAACCGGCUCUCACCCUAUCUGAUCACUCACAGGUUCAAUCAUCGCUACCACAAACUUUUGAAGAGGAUGAAGAAGAGAAAAGAGCCUGGAGAGAUCUGCAAUCAUCCUGGGGCAAGAGAGGUUGGCAGGACAUGCCCUCCUCAGGAUGGGGCAAGCGUGGAUGGCAAGAUAUGCCUUCUUCAGGAUGGGGUAAGAGAGGUUGGCAAGAUAUGCCCUCUUCAGGAUGGGGCAAACGAGGAUGGCAGGACAUGCCCUCCUCAGGAUGGGGCAAGCGUGGUUGGCAGGAUAUGCCUUCUUCAGGAUGGGGCAAGCGAGGUUGGCAGGAUAUGCCCUCUUCAGGAUGGGGCAAACGGGGAUGGCAGGACAUGCCCUCUUCAGGAUGGGGCAAAAGAGGAUGGAAAGACAUGCCUUCUUCAGGAUGGGGCAAGAGAGGAUGGCAAGAUCUUCAGGGCGGAUGGGGCAAACGAUCGCUGGCUGAUUUGGACGAUGACGAGCUCGGCAGCGAGCUAGACGAGGACAAACGGGCCUGGAGCUCCCUGAGGGGCACAUGGGGCAAACGGGCGGCCCCUGCCGCGGGGCAAACGGCCGACUGGGGCAGCUUCAGAGGUGGUUCGUGGGGCAAACGCGACCCUGCCUGGCAAAACCUUAAGGGCUUAUGGGGCAAACGAUCAACGAACGAUUUACUAGCUUCGAAUACAGGUCUCCUGAAGGACCUUCCUUUGGAGUUGAGCAGAGACGAUUAAUUUUUGCGAGUUUCCUUCAUCUAUCGCCGCCCUCUGAGGAGAAGGAGCUUCCUUCCUCUAAUCACCUCCUCAAGAUCUGCGCCUACAAGACUAACAAAAAAAUCAAAUAAAAAAAUUACUACAAAACUCUAUGUCAGCCAUUCACGUGUUUACCUAUAAUAAUGAAUAAAUUAUUAUUAUUAUGACGACAUGAUCAAUUAAAAUAAAAUGAAAUAAUGUUGUAUUUUUUCGAAAUAUCCAGUUGACUUUAUUCUUUAUCAUCUAUGUUGGUUGAUAGUUAUCAAGUAUAUUAUUAUAUAUAGUGUUAUAGUAUUAAUGUUAACUUGAAUACCUAAAUUAUUAUUGGAGAAUAUUUAUUUAUUAUAUGAUUGAUGUAAAUAAUAAAAGAGUUCCAACUAAUUUCGAUUA